UAAACCGGAAGCACAACUUGAAUGCUCUGCUCUUCCACUUCCGGGGCGGCGGCGGCGGUUGCCAGGGCAACGACUACUACUACGAGGACGACUACUACGACUAGGCCUCUGUUGCCAUGGCGACGAGGACCUCUUGAAGUUGCGGCCUGCGAGGGACCAAAGAAAGCAAACCGCCGGGCAAGAUGUUUAUCUAUUUGAGCAAAAAGAUUACAGUUCCUGGCAAUUCUAGAUUGAAAUCUAUUUCUUGGAGCAAGGAUCAGGGCUAUAUAGCCUGUGGUGGUCAAAAUGGUCUGCUGAAAGUUUUAAAAUUAGAGAUGAAACCAGAUGACGGCAAAUUAAAGGGACUUGCAGUACCUAGCAAUCUCUCAAUGAAUCAGUCACUUGACGGACACACUGGUGCUGUGCAAGUAGUGACAUGGAAUGAACAGUAUCAAAAAUUAACCAGCAGUGAUGAGCAUGGUCUUAUCAUUGUCUGGAUGAUGUAUAAAGGGUGCUUGGUAGAAGAGAUGAUCAACAAUAGAAAUAAAUCUGUUGUUCGAAGUAUGGAGAUGGAAUGCGAUGGACAGAAGAUCUGCAUUAUAUAUGAAGAUGGUGCCGUAAUGUUGGUUCUUGUAGAUGGGAAUCGGAUUUGGGGAAAAGAUCUGAAAGUGCAACUCCAUCAUGUUGCAUGGUCUCCAGAUGGCAGAACUCUACUAUUUGGAAUGGCAAAUGGAGAAAUACACAUCUAUGACAAGCAUGGGACUUUUAUGAUGAAAAUGAAAAUGAACUGUUUGGUGAAUGUAACUGGAGCAUUCAGCAUUGCUGGAAUACAGUGGUAUCCUGGAACAGAGGGCUACGUUGAACAAGAUUGUCCUUGUCUUGCUAUUUGUUUUGACAAUGGAAGAUGCCAAAUAAUGAGACAUGAGAAUGAUCAAAAUCCCGUCUUGAUCGAUGGUGCACUGAAUGUUGUGAGUGUCCAGUGGAACCACUGUGGAAAUGUGCUGGCUAUUGCAGGCUUCCAGAAGAACGCCACACAAGAGAAAGAUAUAAAUGUUGUGCAGUUCUACUCUCCAUUUGGUGAGCAUUUGCGUACACUAAAGGUUCCAGGCAAACAAAUAGCAGCUCUCUCUUGGGAAGGAGGAGGCCUAAAAAUAGGACUAGCUGUUGAUCAAUGUAUUUAUUUUGCAAAUAUUAGACCAGACUAUAAGUGGGGUUACUGCACUAAUACUGUGGUCUAUGCAUAUACCCGACCUGAUCGUCCAGAAUACUGUGUGGUCUUCUGGGAUAUAAAAAACAAUGAAAAGUAUUUGAAAUUUGUCAAGAGUCUGAUCUCCAUAACAACCUGUGGAGACUUCUGCAUUUUGGCAACUAAAGCAGAUGAAAAUCAACUUCAGGAGGAACAUGAGACAGAAACUAUUGGCGCAAUGUACGUCCUUGUACUUUGCAAUUCCAUUGGUACUCCUUUGGAUCCAAAAUAUAUUGACAUUGCACCAUUGUUUGUUACGAUGAAUAAAACCCAAGUGAUAGCAGCUUCAAAAGAAGCAUUUUAUAUCUGGCAGUAUCGUGUAGACAAGAAGCUCACAGCAAUGGAAAUUAACCAGGUGGCAAGGACUAGAAAAGAAGGCAAAGAGAGGAUUUAUCAUGUAGAUGAUAGCCCUUCUGGAGCAGGUGAUGGAAUCCUUGACUAUGCUAAAGUCCUACAAGGAACAAGGGAUCCAAUCUGUACAAUAACAGCAUCUGAUAAGAUACUUAUUAUUGGACGAGAAUCUGGCACCAUUCAGAGUUACAGGCUUCCUAAUGUUGGCUUAAUUCGAAAGUAUCUUCUAAACUGUCGACCUUAUCAACUGUCCCUGAAUUGCACAUCCAGUCGUCUUGCUAUCAUAAACAUGUUAGGAAUGCUGAUUUUCUUUGACUUGGAGACUCGAGUAACAGAUGCUUCAGGAAGCCAAGUGAUAGGUGAACAACUCAAACUGGAACGCAAAGAUGUUUGGGAUAUGAAAUGGGCCAAAGAUAAUCCGGACCUAUUUGCUAUGAUGGAGAAAACAAGAAUGUAUGUGUUCAGAAACCUGGAUCCUGAGGAACCCAUUCAAACAUCUGGAUACAUUUGCAACUUUGAAGAUUUAGAAAUUAAAUCAGUGUUAUUGGACGACAUAUUUAAGAAUCCAGAACAUCCAAAUAAGGAUGAUAUACUUAAUUUUGAAAUUAGAUCACUACGAGAUGCUCAAGCAAUUCUUAAGGAAGCUGGGAUUGCAGAGUCCACCCAAUUCAUUGAAGAAAACUCACAUCCAAGACUCUGGCGUCUGUUGGCUGAAACAGCCCUCCAGAGACUUGAUCUCCAUACUGCUGAGCAAGCAUUUGUGCGCUACAAAAAUUAUCAAGGCAUUAAGUUUGUAAAGCGUCUUCGAAAUCUUCAAAGCGAAUUACUGCGGCAAGCUGAAGUGGCUGUUUACUUUGGGAGAUUUGAAGAGGCUGAAAGAAUGUAUUUGGAUAUGGACAGAAGAGAACUUGCUGUUGACUUGCGACUCAAGCUAGGAAAUGGAUUUCGAGUAGUGCAGCUGUUGCAGACAGGCUCAGGACAUGGAGAUGAUAAUCUUCUUGAGCAAGCACACAAUGAAAUUGGGGACUACUUUGCAGACAGACAGAAAUGGGCAAAUGCUGUUCCUUAUUAUGUACAAGGUAGAAAUCAUGAACGCUUAUCUGAAUGUUACUAUAUGCUGGAAGACUAUCAGGCAUUAGAGGAUUUGGCUAACUCACUUCCAGAAAACAACAAGUUGCUUCCUGAUAUAGCCCACAAGUUUGUUACUGUAGGUAUGUGCGAACAAGCUGUAACAGCUUUCCUCAAAUGUAACAGACCAAAGGAUGCAGUAGAUAUCUGCGUAAAUCUCAACCAGUGGAGUAAAGCUGUUGAACUAGCUAAGCAACACAAUAUGAAAGAAAUUGGUUCCCUUCUAGCUAGAUAUGCUUCUCAGUUACUGGAAAAGAACAAACCUCUUGAUGCUGUUGAGUUGUAUCGGAAAGCCAACUAUUUUUUCGAUGCUGCUAAGCUCAUGUUCAAGAUUUCAGAUGAGGAAGCUAAAAGAAGGACCAAACCAUUGCGUGUCAAAAAGCUGUAUGUUAUGUCAGCUUUACUUGUGGAACAGUAUCACGAACAAAUGAAAAAUGCACAGAGGGGGAAAAUGAAAGGAAAGACUUCAGAGGCUACUUCAGCAUUGGCUGGUUUGCUGGAGGAAGAUGUUCUUUCUUCAGACAGUCGCUUAAUCGAUCAUGCUUGGCGAGGAGCUGAAGCUUACCAUUUUUUUAUACUUGCCCAGAGACAGCUGUAUGAGGGUUAUGUAGAUACAGCAAUGAAGACAGCCAUUCAUUUGAGGGAGUACGAAGACAUUAUUCCUGCCGUGGAGAUCUAUUCCCUGUUGGCUCUCUGUGCAUGUGCUAACAGAGCAUUUGGUACCUGUUCAAAAGCUUUUGUUAAACUGGAAUCUUUAGAAAACCUUACCCAGGAGCAAAGGCAGCAGUAUGAAGAACUUGCUCUGCAGAUAUUCACGAAACACUACCCUAAAGAUAACAAAAAGUCAGAACUGGAUAGCCUUCUUGAAGAGGGAGAAGGAAAGCUUCCAACAUGUGUUGCUACAGGAAGACCAAUUACAGAGUAUCAGUUCUGGAUGUGCAAUAUAUGCAAGCACUGUGUGCAAGCCCAAGAAAUCAGCAACUACAACUUCUGCCCUCUCUGCCACAGCUCAGUAGCCUAUUAAUCAUAGAGAAUACCUUUGUGUUGGUAUGCAUAACACACUGUUUGUGGUUUGAAAUGUUUAGAAACCCUAUUAAGAUGCUUACAGGGAGGCUGUAUCCCUAAAAUAAAACCAAUUUAAUGUGCUGUCCAUGCCUAUAAAAAGAAUGUGAAUCAUUUCUUCAAAAUAGCCUCAAUAUGGAAAAACACUGUUUUCAGUGGCCCAUGACUGAGCACAAAUACAAUCUCUGCCCCGCUGUUCUUUUUGUUUACUUUACAGACAGUCCUCUCUGUUUCAUAAGGUUGGCAUCCUUCAGUUUUAUACAUAUACAUAGAACUGUUUUUAGUUAUUUUGGAGAUGGUGAUGGGCUCUUAAAGGAAAUAAUUUUGUGACAGCAACCAAAGUUAAUAAGCACUAGUUUUACAAAACCUAAUUUCUCUCUUUGGCAUUUUACACUUAGAUGGAAAGUCUGCUUACAUUAUGCAUAAAAUAAUUAUGCAGAUGCUACUUUCUGAGCACAGUACUGAAAAAAGGACAUGAAAAAAACAAUAUCCAAUUAUAGGCAUUCUGAUCAAAAGACAUGUGCACAGAUCAGUGAUAAGAGCAUAUAAAGCCCUUUUUAAAUUGUUGAAAUCUGUCCAGUUAUCUGGCUGGUCAGGGGCAAGGAGGAGGAAACUAGGGAUCUGAAUGCAAGCCCAUACUAUAUGUCCUGAAGAAUAGAUUGGUAAGCAGAAUAUGAGCUUUGAAAGGUUUAUAUUCUACUUCGCUCCAGAUUUUGUAUUGAGAGGGGGGGACCUGCUAGAUACAAAUGCAAUCUGGCAUCCCACCAGAUGGGAACCCCCUCAAAUAGGUUGUUGGCCAGUGAUACCUCAUGAUAUGAGGAGAAUGUGCACUUCCUCUGGCCAAAGCAAGAUAAUUCCCAUCUCCUGACAAUGUGCCACUAGCACUGUGGUUGACUGAAUCGGUGUUAGAGAAAUUACCUUCUCCCAACAAGUUCUGGUCCACCUUCUGACAAUAUGUGUGGUCAUCCAAUUCUCUGGUGUUUUUCUCCCCAACAGGUAACCCUGCUGGUUUGCAUCCUGAAAGACCUCAUUAUUUUUUCCAUUUCUUUAACUGAUAGUUGCAUCACCAGCAGUUAUGCAGAACUGACUACAGUUAACGAUUGGACUCCAUCAGUGUAAACAGGAGAAACUUUAUGUUAGAUGGGUAAAUUCUUUCUCAUCAGAGAAUUUGUCAGAACCUUGUUUACUUGUAAAAAAAAUUGGAUCCAGAUUUAGGAUUUGGUAACUGGAGUGGCAGAAAUGUAUUUCCCUCAAGCAUGCCUUUACACAGAGGUUAGGAAACUGUGCUGAAUGGGGUGACUUUGGCAUGAUGGAGGUGCCUUUAAUAAGCUUAGUCCUUCUGUCCAAAGAAGGCAGAUCUCGGAUUUAUGAAAUCUAUAUAAAUAAGAGUUGGUUUCAUCAUUCUCAUGUUUUGUAUUGAAAAAUGUAAUGAAACAUGUAUCUUUUUAUAUUUAAGUAUAAAUAUAAGCUUCCUCUGGUGUGAUAAUAUGGUUAGUGAAAUACACAUGUAUAAAAAUAAAUGAAAAUUUAAUUUGUUCUGUCCCAUUGUUAUAUACAGUAUUGUCUUUCCCCCAAUAUGCACUCAAGCAAGUUUUAUAACAAAUACAAACGUAUUUAACAACUACUUGGUUAUAUAUGCCCCCCAACCCACCUGAACAGCCCGUAUCUGCACUGGACAAAGAAGAUCUGUUCAACUGCUGAUCAGGGCGCAAGCAGGAUGACAUAUCCAGUCCCUGUACACCAGCCAAUGGAGCUGUGACAAAGAACUGCAACAAAGAUUGUGCUUCUGAUUAUCUCAGCCUCACUUGUUGGUGGAAUUGAACUGGAAACAUCACUCUUCUUGCUCCCCGACCAACAGGCGAACAGAACUCCUUUGCUUUCUGUGGCUGCUGGCUGUUAAGGUGGGAUUCAAGGUGGCAGUUACUAUGUAAAAAUACAGUUACAAUAAGACUGUGUAGCCUUAAUGUGUAUGGAGCAGUUACAGACCCAUAACUCGAGUUUACAAAUCUAUAGUACAGAAUGCCAACUCUAUUAGAAAAAGUUAAGCAAAAUAUACAACAGUGUGUGGACAAAGAAAACUGAUAGAUGGAAUAUUACACAUGUCAACAUUUUUAUCAGUAAGAAUAAAAUUGUGAGUAUAUCUUGUUAUUUUCAAAUAGAUACAUUUUUAUACUGCAUUGUUUGAUUAUCAACUGACUUGGGUCAACUUUCAAUAAACUAGACUAUAUGAAUGAAAGUACUGGUGUAUGCAUUCACAAAAUGAACAGAUGCAUUAAUUAAAA